AUGAAGCGGCACCACAACAACCACAACAACCAGAGCAACCAAAACAACCAGAGCAACCAAAACAACCAGAACAACCACAACAACCAGAGCAACCACAACAACCAGAACAACCACAACAACCAGAGCAAACACAUGAAGCGGCACCACAACAACCACAACAACCAGAGCAACCAAAAACAACCAGAGCAACCAGAACAACCAGAGCAACCACAACAACCAGAACAACCAGAGCAACCAGAGCAACCACAACAACCAGAACAACCACAACAACCAGAGCAACCAGAACAACCAGAGCAACCACAACAACCAGAACAACCACAACAACCAGAACAACCAGAGCAACCAGAGCAACCACAACAACCAGAACAACCAGAGCAAACACAUGAACAGCACCAAAACAAACCACAAAAACCAGAGCAACCACAACAACCAGAACAACCACAACAACCAGAACAACCAGAGCAACCAAAACAACCAGAGCAACCACAACAACCAGAGAAACCACAACAACCAGAGAAACCACAACAACCAGAACAAUCACAACAACCAGAAGCAACCACAACAAUCACAACAACCAAAACAAACCACAACAACCAGAGCAACCACAAAAACCAGAACAACCCGCAACAACCAGAACAACCAGAGAAACCACAACAACCAGAGCAACCACAACAAUCACAACAACCAAAACAAACCACAACAACCAGAACAACCAGAGAAACCACAACAACCACAGCGACCAGAGCAAACACAUGA